AUGGUCGAUCCGAUGGAUUUAUUAGAGGAUCCAUAUGGGUUCUUCCGUCCAACAUCAGCUAAACGCAAGCGAAAGACUUCGCCACUUGUGGAAAGUUCGUUGAUGAAGCGUGUGCACUUAUCAGAUCCGCCUGUUUUUGCUCCAUUAACGGCGUUAGAGAAUGAACCCGAAACACUAUAUCCACCAUAUUGCUCUGAUUUUGAAUCAAGCGAUGAUGAUGAUGAUGAUGAUGAUGAUGAUGACGAUGAGGAUGAAUUGUAA